AGAGACAAAAAAGAUACAUAGAGAGAAAGAUACGGAGUGAAGAGAGGGAGUCCCAUCUACUGUGAGGGGAGAAAAACAUCUCACUGAUAACCUCGGCAAGAGAGCACAGCAAGGUUGCUUUGCUGCGUCCAAAGGAAAUGUCUUUCAGCAUGGGAGGUCUACUCCUGCUGCUGCUGGUAGUUCUGGAUACCCCUCAAGCUGAAGCUGAUCCUUGUGCUAACUACAUUGUGCUGGAUACCAGCUGGAGGGCCACCACCAACCUGGACAGGUCAGUGGUCAGAUGCGACUCGCAGUUGACCAAUAUCUCCUGGCAAGGCUGGUACAGGAUGGUCCACAAGACGGUGAGUAUCCGCAUGCCCGAGACCUGCGUGCCUCCAUAUCGCUGUGGCACCAACGGCCCCCUGUGGCUGAAUGGGGCACACCCUCGCCCAAAGGAUGGCAUCGUCGCCAGGGAGGUGUGCGGAUCGUGGGACAAUAAUUGUUGCCACUCCCGAGUCCCAUCCAUCCGUGUGAAGGCCUGCCCAGGAAACUACAUCGUUUACAAACUGGCCAAGCCGCCGUACUGCUUUGGAUACUGUGCAGAGACCAGGACAUAUUUCCAACAGAGGUUGAAGUUGAAGAUGGUCUUGCAGAGAGAACCAUCCCCUGCUGAGAUAGCCCAGUUCUCCUUACAGAUCAGGGAGAAGAUGAUUCAGAUGGGCUACCCGAAUGACACCACAGUCAAGAUGGUGUGACUCUGACCCAGCAGAAGAGACGAUUCAUCUCCUGCUCUAGAGGAAGGAGCUAGAUGGACCCCUAAGAGAGGCCCACCACGAUGCCUGACCCAGCAGAAGAGACGAUUCAUCUUGUAAUAGGAUCUGAAAGAUGCUUUUGGAAAAAUGAAAACGUAGAAAGUCAUGAUUUACUAUUAAACGAUUUUUAGCCAUGUAAUUGCUAAAAUCCAGCUUGCUCCAAAACAAAUAAAAAUGUGCAAAUACUGCAAUGUAGUGAUAGAUAACCAGUGUGAAACAACUUAGACUUAAAGGGUUUUAAGAUUUAAAAGCUUAGAAUUAGAA